AUGCGUUCUAAUCUGUCCGUCGGCUUGGAUGCUGGCAAAGCACUAGCCGUCGCCUGGGAUGUUCCUGUUAUCGGUGUUCACCACAUGCAAGCCCAUGCCUUGACUCCGCGCCUGGUAUCUGCACUCGAGUAUCGGUCUUCCUCUGGCCCAGACUUUCCUUUCCUCAGUGCCUUGGUGUCGGGAGGUCAUUCCAUGUUGAUUGAAUCUACAGGGCUAGCCGAUCACAAGAUCCUAGCCACAACCGGCGACAUUGCCUUAGGAGACUGCUUGGACAAGGCUGCCCGUGCGAUCCUGCCAUCUCACCUCGCAGUACCUCCGUAUGGACGAGCACUCGAACAAUUCGCCUUUCCUGCUGGAGCUUCGGACUACAACUAUACAGCACCUGCAAAACGAGACGCCGAGCUCGCACGCAGAGUCACAAAAUGGGGCUGGGGUUUGGGUGCACCCUUGGCCGGGAGCAAGAACGGAAGUAGCAGUCGCAAGAUGGUCUAUUCCUUCUCCGGUCUAUUGAGCAGUAUCGAACGCUUCGUGAAAUACGAGUACGACCACCAAAACUCCACCAUCUCUAGCCAAUUACGCCAGCCUGGGGAGCUUUCCGACGAUGAGCGCCGCGAUAUGGCCAAGGAAGUCAUGCGUGUGGCCUUUGAGCAUCUCGCUUCUCGCGUUCUACUACAUCUAUCCUCUCUACCGCCUGCAGAGGCUGCCAAGGUAAAGUCUGUGGUUGUUUCGGGUGGUGUGGCGGCAAACUGCUUCUUACGGCAUGUAAUGCGUGCUUUCCUAGAUAUAAGGGGGUAUAGCCAUGUGGAGUUGUUCUUUCCGCCUGUCGAGCUGUGCACAGACAAUGCAGCCAUGAUAGGAUGGGCGGGCAUAGAAAUGUGGGAGGCGGGCUGGAGAUCACAGCUGUCGGUGCGGCCGAUCAAGACGUGGUCCAUGGAUCCAAGUGCUAGUGAUGGUGGUAUCUUGGGUGUAGAGGGAUGGUUGAAGGUGUGA